UCUCAUAGAUCAGUUUAACUUCGCUCGCUACUUAACUUUAAAAUGCUAACGUAAUAUCUAUUCGGCAUCUUUUCUAAGACUUUCUAUAGUGUCAUGUGAGUGAUUCAUUUCUUCUUUCUUGCUGUCUUCUCUGUUAAACGUUGCGUCUCCCUUGAAAGCAUGAAGUUGAGGAUGAUAUAAUGACGGUAUGAAUGAAGCUGUUGUCCUCUUACUCUUCUUGACGUCCGUACAUGCAGCAAACGACAAUGAAAAUUGUAAAAUCCGUUUUCUUUCUAAACCAACCACUCCAUCCAGACUGAACUUAAACGUUACUGCUGUUACGAGCUCUAUUUUUGCUAAUCGUGCUAGUGAUAAUUUUUCGGACAUCGCCCGUCUCACGUUGUCAACACAUCCUGAAGUACUUGGACUUAUGCUCAAGUCUCCCAAUGAACAAAUUCUAGCUCUCAACGUUGCGCGAAGACUGAGGAUUUUUCCUAAUAAGACUGUUGAAAAUGAAGCUUUUUGGACAGGUUUAGGAAAUCAGACGCAGGGGUGGACGCCGGCUUUCAGAGACUGUCAUUUCCUGAAAGGCAACUGGUUUUACGGUUUUGUCGACACGAAGAGCAAUCUCACAACCGCCUUAUUUCUAAAUUUACAACUGGAUCAGUGUGACGAUAAUUUGGAAGAGAUUUUCGGGAAACGACACAAGUGCGACCAGGAAACCACAUACUGCGUCUCACAACCAGAAUUCGCCGAAAAGAAUGGGGGAUAUUCCUGUUUCUGUCGACAAGGAUUCUUCCAUCCUGAUGCCAACCUCAGCUGGAAAGGCUUUUCGGGAAAAGACAUCGAGAACGGAAUUAUCAAUACGACAAGGUGUGGUCCAUGUCCUUCGAAAUGCGACGUUUGCGAAUCAAAUGGGAUAUGUUCGGCUCGCAGAGACGUUUAUUUGAAAACUGCAAUCCUCAGCAUCCAACUCGGAUGCAUGGCAAUAACUGUCAUUAUUGCCUUGGUGGUCUUGAAGCAACGUAAAACGAAGUCGAUUGCAUCUGGCAUGUGGACGAUCCUGGAAACGAUUUUAGUGGGAAUAUUCAUCUUAUACUGCACGGUCGUUGUGCGCUUUUUCGAGCCGUCGGUGGUGCAGUGUUUACUAGAGCCUUGGGCCAGAGAAGUCGGCUUUAUCAUUUGCUACGGUGCGAUUAUCCUUAAAUUGUACCGACAUCUGAUCGAAUUUCGCACAAGGAAAGCCCACAGAUGGGUCGUCAAAGACACAGAUCUCCUCAAGUAUCUCCUCAUAAUGGUAAUGUCGGUGCUGGCUUACAUGGCGGCAUACACUUCAAUUACCCUCAACUUUUUGAAAGAGAACUACAGUUUACUAAGAGAGGAGGUGACUCAAGACGGGGUGCACUACCAAGUCUGCAAGCCCUUGUGGUGGGACUACGUGACAGAAACAGGGGAAUUAGUUAUUCUCAUAUUUGGAAUACAUCUCAGCUACGCGAGCAGAAACGCCAGGACGCAGUUUCAUGAGCGAAGUUUCCUGUGUGCCGCAAUCAGCAUCGAGUUGGCAGUGAGCACCCUUUUUUAUAUAGGACGUAUCUUGUUACUUCCCGGACUUCAUCCGGACUUCGUUUUAAUCAUUUAUUGCUUACGAACACAGUUGUCGACAAGUAUGACGUUGAUGUUGGUAUUCAUCCCGAAAUUUUGGUACCAGCAAAAGCAAGUGAGGUCACUUGCGCAAGAAUAUUCGUGCAGGAUACCAGUAGAUGCUUUCAAGGAUGUUAACGCACACGGUCCACUAACGGGCAACAAUAGCGAUGUGGACGUGGGUGAGGUCACUUUGGCCGACAUGAGCCCCGACGACAUCAGGGCCGAACUCAAAAGACUCUACCUGCAAUUGGAGCUUUUCAAGAGCAAAACGAUUUGCAGAGAUAAUCCACACAUAUCGAAACGUCGCGGAGGGAGGAAGGCCCAACAUCGCAGGUUCAGCUUGCAGAAAAAAGGAAGCAGAGAAAAGAAUUUGCAUGGAAAACACCGCGUGCAGAAGCAGGAGGAAACGACAGAGGCGGAACCGUCCAGGACUCCGGAAGAUUCGGUUUGCAGCAACGAGGGCCCCAGCGCCAUUUAUAGCGACCUACCAUCGACCGCUCAUACCACUGACCAUAAAUAGAGCAGAUAAUAACCCAUUUCGCAAUGUGAAUUUGUAUCACUGUAGAUUUAACAGUCGUGUAUGCAUCCGUUAUUUAGAGAUUUUUGUAGAUGCCAAUCAACGUUUAAAAACCUCAAUAAACACUGACUUAAACUCAAUUAUAAAAAUCUACGCUAAUCUAGGUCGUAAAAAAUGAUUUCUUUUUCUUAAUAAAAACGGUGAUAAAAUGAAAUCUCUAAAUAACCGAAAUGGAUAAAUCAAAAGUACGAUCAAACAUAAAACAAUCCUCAUUCAAAUUGCGUCCAAAUUUAUUUUGUACCCCUAGUUAACGUGCUUCGUACAAUGGAAUUUUGUAUCAUGUUCAGCUUUAGUCUAGAAGCUUAAAGCAUCGACUCUUUUUGUUGCAUUUUAGAUUGAGAGGGUAUGGGACCAACUAGCCCAAAAUCCGUUUUAUUUGUAACGCAAAAUUCAAUUUUUUCGAAUUGGGAGUCUUUUUGAAGACAUUAGUGAUAUUAACGAAGGGUCUUUUACUUAUUUGUCAUUGUAUGUGUUUUUAUCAUCUAAUUACAUUAUUAUGUAAAAAGUGAGUUAUAGCCGAGUUGUAUAAUAAAUUAUUAUUUUGUAUAUAGUUUAUAUUGUUGUCUUGGUUUUUAUUUAAAAAUAAAACAUUAU